AUGCGCCUCCUCACAGCCCUCGCCCUCGCGGCGACAUCAGCAUCCGCCGCCUCCCUAACCCUCUCGAUCCCCUCCUCCCAAGCCCUCCCGAACCCCUACACCCUCCCGCCGUCAACCCACGCGACGCUCUCCUCCCUCGGCGCCACCUUCUCCGCGCCCCUGUCCGUAAAAAACACGUUCGUCUUCCACAACCUCACCGGCGGCGGCGGCAGCGCGGGCUCCUCCUACCUCGUCGACAUCCACUGCGCGACCCACGCCUUUGCGCCCCUGAGACUCGAUGUCGAUGCCGAGGGCGGGUUGGCGGCGUGGGAGACGUACCGCGGUAACGAUUGGGAUAACAAGGGCGAGGCGUAUGCGGCCAAGGAGUUUGAGGGCGGUGCGAAGGGGUUUGAGGUUAGGGUGUUGGGGCAGAAGAAUUAUUUUGUGGAGAGGAGCAAGUUCUCCAUCCUCACCAUCCUCAAGAACCCCAUGAUCCUCCUCGGCCUCAUCAGCAUGGGCAUCUUCCUCGGCAUGCCCUACCUCAUGGACAACAUGGACCCCGAAAUGCGCGCCGAGUUCGAAGAACGCCAAAAGAGCAACCCGAUGAACUCCCUCCUCGGCGGCGGCGGCGGAGGCGGCGACGCGAACCCCAUGGCCAACUUUGACAUGGCGGGCUUCCUCGCCGGCACCGGCAGCAGCAGCAAGAAGGAAGAGUCUUCCGGUUCUGGUGCCUCGAGUGGUGGGGCUGGUGGGAAGAAGGAGAAGGGCGUGCGGAGGUAA